AUGACUAGGUUGUUCGAUAGGAAGCUGUACGCGGCCCCGCUCGACAAGGAUAAAAUUCGGACAGCUCUUGACAUUGGUACCGGCACUGGAGUCUGGGCCAUUGACUUUGCGGACGAACAUCCUAAUUGCACUGUAACUGGCACCGAUAUCUCCCCGAUUCAACCUAGCUGGGUACCUUCCAACGCCCGCUUCGAAAUCGAAGACGCAAAGAAGGAAUGGACCUUUCAACCGAACUACUUCGACUACAUUCACAUUCCCUGGCUCACUGGCACCAUUGCAGAUUGGCCUGCCCUCUAUAAAGAGGCGUAUAAAUGUACGGCGCCCGGUGGAUGGAUCGAACAUCUUGAUGACGAUGUGGAAGGAUUGAAGGAAGCUGGGUUUACCAACGUUACCACUGAAGUGAUCUAUUCUGAUGACCCGAAGAUGAAGCAGGUAGGCCUCAACCUGUCUGCAACGCUGACACACGACGUCGAUGGCUUCCUUACCUACCUCUUGCACAACUACGAGAACUGGACCCCGCAGGAGAUCCAUAACUACGCCUCCAUUAUGCGCAAGGAGAUCAGAGAACGCAAGAUCCAUUCUAACUCUAAGUGGCGCGUGGUGAGGGGACAAAAGCCGCUGGACACUUAA